UGCAAAUCAAAUUCCCUGACUCGCAGCCAAAGUGGCUGAUGCAUGUGGGAUCAACCAAGUGCUUCUACUUCUGGCGGCCAGCAUCCUUCGCAAGGCGCUCUCGACGACUCCAGCGCGUCCUCCUCGUCCGCGUCCGACGAUGAGCUUGGCUUGCACCACCUGGUGCCACCCGACCGAUGGUGCAUCACGCGCGAAGACUUGGCCUUUCUGCGGAAGGAGAUUUACCAUGGAAUCCAAAAAGGCGAGAUCAAGCCACACCAGACAGAUGACUUCCAAACUGCAGAUCAAGUGUUUGGCCCCAGCAUUUACACGGUGAAUGAGCAGUACAUCAAGCCGGUGACGAAGCGGGCGGGGAAGAUGAGCUGGGCCUUGAUGCGGAAUCCCAAAGGAUUGGAGUGCCACUUGUUCAUCAGUCACGCAUGGGAGGAGGGCAUCUACGAGUUCAUCCGGAAGGUGAUGCACAGUUGGAUCGACGCCCUGGGAAUGCGCUGGCCACGCGCUCGCGGGAUGCGCCAUGCCUGGUGCUGCAUGUUGGCGAAUCCGCAGAACUUGAACAUCGCCGCCUUGAUCCAGUCACCCAAGAAGUCGCCCUUUGCCGUCGCCCUUCGGGCCUCGAAGAUGGUCUUGGUGGUGCCCAACCGGCACCGGAGCGUUUACACGCGCCUGUGGUGCGGCUAUGAGGCGUACCUGGCACAAGAGGCCGGGAAGCCCAUUGCCAUCGCCGGGACUUCGGUGCGCCACUGGACCUGGCGAUCCUUGAAGUACAUGUGCUUCGCUGCGGUGCCUGGAGUGAUUUUGGGUCAAUACGUCAACAGCCACGGUUGGAAAUGGUUUCGCUGGUUCCUUUGGCUUCCGAGCCUGGCGGCCUUGCUGGGGCUGAAUGCGCAGGAUCACGAGUAUAGCAUUCUGGUGCACGGCUUUUGCGAGAUGGUUUGCUGGAUUGAGAUCGCCAACUGCGAUGGGAGUUUCCCCAACGGUCACGAAUGGGGUUUUCCGGAUGUGGCAUAUCCCUAUGUGCAUCUCUGGUAUUGGGUCAUGGCAGCCAGCUUCUUCUGUCUCAUGGAGGUGGACCGGAUCCAUUUCUGGUGCAACCGAUGGGAAGCCGAACAGCUCAAGCGCGACUACCGUGGCUCCAUCAGGUAUGCCGAGUGCUCGCAGCCCGAAGAUGCACAGAGAAUUCAACUGGAAAUUGGACAGGAGGAGAAGUUCCAAGAGGUGGACGAUGCCAUUCAGGUGCUGUUGACCGCUCGGAUGUCUUCCCCUGCCUUGUGCCACAUCGCCAGCCUGGGUGUGGACAUCGACCAGGCGGCUUAUUCAGAGAUCACUGCAGCUGUGGUGGUGUUGGGUCCUUUUGAUUUGCUGACCUUGGGACACUUGCUCUUUGAGAUGAUUUACGAGGGUUCUCAACAGUGGCACAUCGAAGUGCUUCAAGGGAUGAGCAUCAUGGGGCGCUUCCUGCUGCUGUGGCAACUCUAUCGCAGCCCCAUGGAUGAGCGAUGCUUCUUGCUGAAGGUGCUCUCGAAAUUGGUGGCGGUGCUCAUGGUUGCGCUCUUUCUCCUGCUGUUCAUAGCAGUGCACUUGCAUUUUAGACCACUCUUUUCUUGGCUCGUCUUCACUGAUGCGGUGCUGCUCUUCGCCGUGACCUUGUCCUUCCUUGGCAUCCGAGGCACAGCGCAGCUGCCGGGGGGGCUUUGCCUUCUUAAGGUCUUCUUCGCCCGCGGCUCCAAGCUCUUUCGCUGCGGUCCACACUCCGAAGCCGCCACCGCGACGGGGACGGAGUUCGGUUACAACCGCGCGUCCGGAUGGAACCCGCGGAGUUCCAUCAGCGACCACUCGGAGCUGGUGCGUGCCUGGAGCGAAGGGCGGAGGCUGUGAAAGACGGAGCGAGC